ACAUUUUGUUUUAUUUGUAUUCAGACUGUGAGCUGUUUGUAUCCGAGAUACUCGAGGACGAGCGGCUGAGUGAAAAUGCGUCCGAGACCCGCAAAGUCUUACUGAAUAAUUUCAGGGUGGUGCACGUGAGAAACCCUCAGGAAUUCCCUUUCCUCCCCGACUCGAGGGAGGAAGACGGUUCUGACGACAACCGCAGCUCCAGCCUGGGUCGCUCUGCACCGUCGGACGACGCCUCACUGGCUUCUGACAACCAGGACGACGGGCCCAUUGAGUAUUCUGAGGACAUCCCCCUCACAGCAGCUCAAGACCUCGGCACGAUCCUGAAGCAGGGCUACUUGGAAAAGAAACGCCGAGAUCACAGCUUCUUUGGUUCCGAGUGGAAGAAGAGAUGGUGCGUCCUCAACAAUUCCAUCUUCUUUUACUUUGGCAGCGACAAAGAUAAACAACAGAAAGGCUCGUUUUACAUCAACGACUACAGCGUUCGGCUCGUCAACAACCUGAGGAAAGACUCCAAAAGAAACGCCUGCUUUGAACUGUUUUCUCCUGGACGGAGAACUUACCAGUUCACGGCCAGCAGUCCUCAGGAGGCUCGAGAGUGGGUCAACUGCAUCAGCUUUGUUUUGCAAGAUCUCAACUCCAGCACUAUUCCAUUCGAUGAGGACGAGGAUUAUGAAGAGCCCGAUGAGGAGGAGGCCACUUAUGACGACAUUGAAGGGACAAAUGGGCCGACCCCCACCUGGCCAGCGGCCCCUGUCACAAACCGGGCGUCUCACAGUAGCGCUGGAAGGCGAGAGGAAGAUGACGAUGACGACGACAGUGACAUUUACGAGGUUCUGCCAGAUGAGGACUUUCCAGAUCCACCAGCUGACUGCUUGGAGUCAACCAAUAAAGCAGCAGAAUUGGAUUUUGCCAGCUACUACCAGGCUGUGUGGGACUGCCAGGGUGACGCGCCAGACGAGCUGUCCUUCCACAGAGGAGACCUCAUUUGGAUCCUCAGCAAGGAGUACAACAUCCACGGCUGGUGGGUCGGCGAACUGAACGGCAAAGUGGGUAUCGUCCCCAAGGACUUCCUGCACGAGGCCUAUAUCCUGUGAGCUGCAGCAGGUACGGAGCAACCCACAAUCCAAAACAAAGUGACUUUAAUUCUAAAAACAGACACCACAAAGAUCUUCUCCCACCCCUAUUCUCUAAAUAAAAUGGCAUUAUUUAGAAAGAUCACUAAAUAAUGUAGAUAGUCACUAAAAUGCAUUGCAGCCAAAUAUUUAGUCUGGUGGAGAUGUUAGUUGCAGGUUUCAAUGUUGGCCACAAGGCGGCAGGGUUUCUCGAAGUGAUUGCAGAGUCAAUGGAGACGCAUUCAAACAGCAAAAAGUGUUUAUUUGUGUUGAUCACAUUGACAGCGGACUUAAUAAAAUAAAAAUAAAACUGUGCAUUGGGAAAUAAAAUAUCAGAGAAUCUCCCUGAUUAACAUUUCAGCAAAAUAUUUAAGACUAAUUGAAAUCCAUUUUUUGAUGCAUGAGAGAUUAGAACUGUCCCUUUUUAAACAUGACAAAAAUUAUAUUUGAGUGGCUGCAAUAAAAUUGACUACAUGUGGAAGUUAAACUGCACAGCUUAGGUGUGAAUUUUGGGUUCCCUGUACUUGCAUUGAUUUUCUCUGGCUUUCUCCCACAUAACAAAAUCAUGCACAUUAGAUUAAGUGACAAGUAUAAAUUGCCCUUCAGUGUGAAUGUAAAAGCUUAUUUGUCCAAAUAUGAUGAGCUAACAGACCAGUCAAUUUUUUGUAAGGGCCAAAAAUGAAUGAAUUGCUUAAUUUGGUGCACAGCUAAAAGCUUCCAGAGAACUUUAGCGCCCUCUGCGGUCCCAAGCGAGACAUGACAUUCAGAAAUGAGGGGCAUGGCAUAGAUGUAUUUCUAAACCGUAUAAUUUUUCAAAAAUAUUUA